AAUAACACGACCCUCAUAGAUUCUAUACGCAGAGAUAUAAUGAAAUCCUUGCUAAUCCUUUUCUUCUUCAUUUUAACUGCCACAUUCACCACCUCCGCCGUGCCUUCUUCUCCCUCCGCCGUGCCUUCUUCUUCCUCCGCCAUUCAGCCGGUGAAACCACACAUCAAAAAGGCCUGCAGGCCGACGCCAUAUCCACGCCUUUGCGAGACCGCGCUCUCCUUAUAUUCUUCACAAACCAAAACAACCCAACAAGAGCUUUGUAGGGCUGCCGUGGUUUCUUCCCUCAAAGCUGCACAAAACGCCACCUCCAUAAUCUCCAAAUUAUCUCGCCGGAAGGUGUCGCCCUAUGAAGCCGAGGUCAUCGGAGAUUGCAUCGAUAAUCUCAAAGACUCCGUCUACGAGCUUCGUAGAGCUACCACUGCUAUCAAAAGUUUGAAUCGUGCUAACAACGUGGAGUUUCAGUUGAGUAGUAUCAAGACGUGGUUGAGCGCGGCAGGGACCGACAUUGUGACAUGCACCGAUGGGUUGAGCGGGGGCGCGGGGUGGAAGGUGAGAUCGACGGUGAAGAAAGAGGUGAAGAAAUGUAGUGUGAAUGUAAUAAGGCAGACUAGUAACGCCUUGUCUCUCAUUAGCAACUUGAAGUACAAAUGAUGAGGUGAGUUUUAGAAGAAACAUCGUGAGAAGAUGUUUGAUGAAUGAAUUAUUAUGAUAUAUAGUUGCAGCU